AUGCUGGAGGGUGUAAGGCAGUACAUGAUGGACAAGGUAGUACUUAAGUCAGAAAUGUUUGCAAAGUGUACAGACACCUUGCCUCCAAGGAUUAGGAAACGAGUUGAACGGGAAAAGGAGGAGGCUAGGUUAUGUGUAGCUAAGCAAACUCUCAAUGCAAGGCAAGCAUGGCCUGCACCUGAGGGAACACCUGUUCAUCCUCCCAAGAUUAGAUCAAUUCCUGGCAGGCCAAAAAAGAAAAUAAGAAGGAGUGCAAAUGAGGUUGAGGAGACCAGAGCACAAAGAAACGAGGUUGGUGAAGAGGUUACAAGGAGAGGUAAUCUCAUCCACUGCUCCAAGUGUGGCGGCGAGGGGCACAAUGCCAGAUCUUGCAAGGCACCCCCUGUUGCAGAAGUUGUGGUGAGUUCCACUCACAACGCAAGGACUUGUCCUCUGAAUAGAGGAAAUGGUGUACAAGAUGUGAUUGUCAAUGUGGCUGAUAGAAGAACAAUUGAAAGGGAAUUGCGAAUUGCAACAUCUGGAGUUGGCAUUUAUGUUAAUGAGAGGACAGGGAACCAGUAUGUUAGGCUUAAUGGAGUUGCUGGCAGGCCAGUUCGUGGACCUCAUCCAACUUUCGUGGACCUGCAUGGAAGUCAGCCACCACCUAGUCAGCCUUAG